AUGAGAGUGCAAACAGUGUUGCGGUUAUGUCUGUGUGUUGUCUUCGACAGAUGUUACUCUCACGUUUGUCACAACGCCAAUACAGACACACAACAGAAGCGGACACAAGUGGUGACCACUGAUGGCAAUCGUGUGGUGGAGUUGAACGACAAGUUUGUGGAGUUGUUGUCCCGUGAGUCUCAUGAGUACUCCAGGUCCUUUCUGGUGCUGUUCUAUGCGCCAUGGUGUCACCAUUGCCAUCUACUCGAACCCAUUUGGAUCCAAGUGGCCCAACACAUCCACAACUACGACAAAGACAUAUAUGUGGCACGACUUGACUGCACUAAACAUACCGCUGUCUCCACACACUUCUCCAUCCGAGGCUUUCCCACCAUUUUGUUCAUCACUAAAGAUAAACGAAUUGAGUUCAGAGGCGAGAGAUCCAGGAAAGAGAUCAUUGACUUCGCCCUCAGAGUCAAUGGACCGCCGUUUUGGUCAAACGCCGGACCAGAACUUCACAACUUCGCCCUCAGAGUCAAUGGACCGCCGGUGCGUCCCAUCACCGACUGCUCACAAAUUGAUCCCUUAAGACAAACACAUGACGUGUUUUUCGCCAGUUUUGGUCAAACGCCGGACCAGAACUUCACUCGAAUGGCCGCAAAUUACCAGAGCAUCGACUGGUUUUACCACUCCUCGCACACAUGCCAUCCGUUUGGUGAUGGCAUUUAUGUCAUGAAAUCCAAUAACUUCCACAAGAGAUUUGAUGAGAGCGAAUCUGAUUUAGAGGAAUGGAUUAAAAUUGAGAGGUUUGGCCAAUUCGUGAGGAUUACGAACGGGAACUUCCAUUUGCUUCUGCAAACCGGUCAGUCCUACCAAAUACUCCAUUUCCUCCAUUUCCCAUUGAUCUCCAUUUCCAUAAAUAACAACAAUUAA